AUGCACACUCUGACGGUUUGGGAUAAGCUAGAUGCGUUUAUCGGCUGGCUUUCAGUUGUCGCAGAGGCAAUAUAUGCUGCAGUCACAGGGUUAUUCCGAGGCCCUUCAGGGGCAGAUACCUAUCAUCAUCAUAUAAUCCAAGCUGUGGUUAAGAAGUCUUAUGACCAACUCUACCUGCAUUACUGCCAAAAGAAUGGCCUCAAGCCACAUUGUGUCUCGAAUAUCCGCGGGCUGAAAGGGUUCUGGAUUGGCAGUCCCUCCGCGGAAUAUAUCGUCAUCAACUUCCAUGGUGGUGGUUUUGCCAUGGAUGCGACAGCUUCCUACCUUGACUUCUGGCCGCGGAUACAGAAGAGUCUUGCAAAUGCUGGUAUAGAAACGGCCUGGUUCCAUUGCACGUAUACCUUAACACCGCACGCGGCGUAUCCUACUCAGUUCCAAGAAGCCGUCGAAGCUCUACGGUAUAUUCUGGAGGAUGUUGGACGGUCACCGUCCCAAAUUCUACUAGCUGGAGAUUCGGCGGGCGCGAAUUUGUGCCUAGCAGUAAUAUCCCACUUAACCCAUCCUUCCGAAGACGUGCCCGAGUUAGUCAUCAAUGAGCCCAUUAAAGGCGCUAUCCUCAUGUCUCCAUGGGUCUCGUUUCAUCACAGCUGGCCGAGUGUAGAAGCCAGUGAACAUAGGGAUAUCGAUGCAAAGGACGUCACGACAAAGUGGUCGAGAGCCUAUCUCAAUGGGCGGCCGUCGAACAACUACAUCGAAGCAACAGAGGCACCAGAUUGGUGGUGGGACAACAUUAAGGCCCAGCAGACUCUGGUACUUGCUGGAGGUGACGAAGCUCUACUAGACCCGAUCAAGGUUUGGGUGAGCAAGUUCAAAAUAUCAAAUCCCGACACAACUCUGGUGAUUGGGGACAGGGAAUGUCAUGUUGCGCCUCUGAUCUGGCCGAUGUUUGGUGACUAUCAUGAAACCCAGCAGGAGCGUGCUUUGAAGCACUGGCUGCUGCAACGGUUACGUUAA